GGACUUUGAUUUAGUGGUAUUUUACCUUCCAUUAAAUUUCAACAUCCGGUUUUAUUUUAGUUUCGUUUUACUUUUUAGAAUAAUAUGUGGACGUUUUACCAUGUAUCUACUUUUCUUUUAACAUUUAUUAGUUACGCAUUUUUUCAUGCAACAAGGAAGACAUUCAGCAAUGUGAAAUCAACCAUCUCAAGUGAAUGGAGUGCAACUCCAGGAAAUGACACUCUUAUCAAUAAACCUGACAAGCUGUGGAAUGAUCAUCAUAUGUUUGGCAGUGCAGGAGAUGCAGAAACCUACCUGGGAGUACUUGAUGCUGUGUUCAUGGUGUCCUAUGCCGUGGGACUGUACAUCAGUGGAAUUAUUGGAGAUAGAUUUGAGCUUAGAAAAGUGCUUGCAUUAGGAAUGUGUAGUGCAGCAGUUUCUGUAUUCUUGUUUGGGUCUGUGUUAGAAUGGGCACACUACUACAACAAGUACCUGUAUGUGACAGUGUGGAUAUUCAAUGGACUACUACAGAGUACAGGUUGGCCUACAGUGGUUGCUGUAAUGGGUAACUGGUUUGGGAAAUCUAGUCGUGGUCUGGUGCUGGGCUUAUGGAGUGCAUGUGCUUCUGUUGGCAACAUAAUUGGUGCGUUGAUGGUAUCUCAGGUGUUGCAUUAUGGAUAUGAUUUUGCAUUUUUAGUAACAUCAACUGUCCUUUUUGCUGGAGGAAUCAUCAAUUUUUUUGGUUUGCUCAACUCACCUACAGAAUUGGGUUUAAAAAGUCCAGAUGAGAUAGAGGAUCCAGACUACCAGAUUACUGUUAGCACUUCACAGAUAGAUACUGAGAUAGAGGAAACUGAUCAUGAUACAGAUACAGAUCCUUUACUGGAGGGGACUGAUGAUGUCAGAGUUAUACCAAAGCCCAGCAAGGAAGAAGCACUGAGUUUCUGGAGAGCUUUAUUAUUGCCUGGUGUACUUCUUUAUGCAUUUGCUUACUUCUGUUUGAAGUUAGUCAACUACUCAUUCUUCUUCUGGUUGCCUUAUUACCUGCAUGCAUCAUUUGGUUGGUCAGAAUCAACAGCAGAUAAAAUAUCAAUUUGGUAUGACAUUGGAGGCAUUAUAGGUGGAACAAUUGCUGGUGUCAUAUCUGAUUGUUUCCAGAAGAGGUCUAUAGUUGUUGUACCAAUGUUGUGUAUGGCUAUCCCAUCAUUAAUCUGGUAUAGCAAUUCUCCCAGUGAUAUGACAGUUAAUGCCUUCCUCAUGACAGUCACAGGGUUUUUCAUUGGUGGUGUUGCCAACCUUAUCAGUGCAGCCAUUUCAGCUGAUUUAGGUAAACAAGGACCAGUUCAAGGAAAUAAAGCAGCACUUGCAACAGUGACUGGUAUUGUAGAUGGUACUGGUAGUGUGGGAGCUGCUUUAGGUCAGGUUUUAGUGCCUCUGCUUCAAGAGCAUACAGGAUGGCAUUCUGUAUUUUAUCUUUUUAUUGUUAUGACUGGGUUGACAAUUUUCUGCAUUGUUCCACUGUUUGUGCGAGAGGUUCCGGAAUGCUACAGAAGUAUUAGGGGCUGUUGUAGAAAAUACUCGUAUAGUUGGUAUUGUGGUUUUCACCUAACAAAGUCAAAAAGAAGUGCAAUAUCAGUGAACAGUGAUCCUGAUGAUGAUAUAGAAGUGCUGGAAGAUUGACACACUUUGUGAUUUGGGUUUGAAGGUAGCGGGCUGUAAUGUCUAUCUGUUAUUUCCGUUCUGUUGCAUAUUUUCUCCGUAUGAUAUUUUGGCAUUCUCUGGGUGUUACAAAUGAGCUACAUUUGUGGCAGAACUAUGCCGUAAUAGCAGAUGAGAAUACGAAAUUGCAUAGAAAUUACCAACUGUCAUCUUAUCUUUUUUCUUUGUUUUAUCAGUUGCUUUGUUGUAUAUAGAAGGUACAAAUUCACAUUUUUUUAUCUUUGGUUUCUUUUUCUUUUAAAAAGAAUAGUUAUAACACUAUCUAUCUAUGAAGAAUACUUUUUUUUUUAAAAAAAGGACCAAAGUUCUUUUAGUUUAUUAUGAUUUUUUUAAAUCAACUUUUAUUGUGAUUGAUAUUUAUUUUUAAAAUGAAUGAAGUUUACUCAUUUUCAUUUUUUUAGCAUGUUUAUGUAAAGAAAUUUUGUUUUAGAAUAGAGAUCUGUUGUAUUAUAGUUUAUGUACAUAGUAUGUUAAUGUACACUUAACAAAUCUUUUAAAGCAUAUAAUUUUGCCAGUAUAUUUAAUCUUUAGCCUGCUGGCGGCAAUUGAUUCAGCCUUAGCGACCAGUGCAGACCAUGAUCAGCCUGCCAGGCUGAUCAUGGUCAGCACUGUUCGCUAUUCAGUCAGUAAAUUUUCAGUGAACACCCUUUGAAUAAGAAAUGGUAUUGCCCAAAUUGAUGGUGGACCAGUCCAUUCUAGAAUUUUUGCCAGUAUAUUUAACUGAUUGCAUGAAAUAGAAACACAUUCCUGAAAUUUGGCUUUACUUUAAAUGAUUUUUUUCUGUAUUUUGUAGAGAAAUUUCACCAAAAAGUAUUUAAGUCAUCUUAUCUUUUAUGACCAUACCACAUGUUUAAAAAGUAAAAUUUCUGGUACUCGUGGAAAGCAAACCACUUAUUUUUGUAGCAAGCUACUGUAUAAAAUGUACCAGUAAUUAUAAGAAUUGAAUGCUAUUUUAUGUGCGUUUAGACGGGUUUAAAUCAUAGUGGGACUUCUUGUAAAUUGUUAAAGAAUUCCUAGUUGCUUCCCAUUAAUACACAGAAAAUAGCAUUAAAGUCUUAAAUAUUCAUUGAAAACCUGAGUUAUUAGAUUUGGGUAGAUGUCGGUCGGGCGGGCGGUGGCGGCGGCGGCGUCAAACUGGUGUUUCCGGUCAAUAACUUGUUUCGGUAAAGAUAUUUGAAUAAAACUUGGUAUGUAUGUAGCUUAUAUCAAGACAAAGGCUGGGAUUGAUUUUGGGGUUUCUGGGGUCAAGGUCACUGUUACUUAAAAUAGAAAAAGGGUUUCCGGUCAAUAACUUUUGUUUCGGUAAAGAUAUUUGAAUAAAACUUGGUAUGUAUGUAGCUUAUAUCAAGACAAAGGCUGGGAUUGAUUUUGGGGUUUCUGGGGUCAAGGUCAAGGUCACUGUUACUUAAAAUAGAAAAAGGGUUUCUGGUCAAUAACUUAACUUAGGAAUGAGCUAUCAUGAUGAAACUUGGUGUAUAGAAAACUUAUAUAAAGUUGUAGCUUGGGAUUGAUUUUGGGGUUUCUGGGAUCAAGGUUAAGGUCAUUGUUACUAAAAAUAGGGUUAGGGUUAGGGUUAGCAUAUCUUCUACAUGCAUGGAGGGAUUUUGAUGAAUGUUGGCACAAUUGUUCACCAUCAUGAGACGGAGUGUCAUGCGCAAGAACCAGGUCCCUAGGUCUAAGGUCAAGGUCACACUUAGAGAUCAAAGGAUACAAGAAUGGAAACUUUUUCCGGAGCAUAUCUUCUUCAUGCAUAGAGGGAUUUUGAUGUAACUUGGCACAAUUAUACACCAUCAUGAGACGAAGUGUCUUGCGCAGUUCCCUUCUUUAGAAUUACUUCCCUUUGUUGUUACUAUAAAUAGCUUAUAUUGUAACUUUUUCAUUACUAGAUGUAGGGAAAAAUCGAGACCACUUUUCUGUAGUACAACAUGCAUGUUACAUCCAAUUUUGAGGUGUAUUUUGACCAAUCUCUACCUGGUAAGGAUUUCUGUGUGGACUUACAUUUUUUUUUUUUUUUUUUGUAUUUUUUUUUUUUUUUUUUUUUUAAGAUUAACUUCCCUUAGUUGUUACUAUAAAUAACUUAUAUUGUAACUUUUUUAUAAUUGACCGUAGGGAAAAACCAAGACCACUUUUCUGUGGUACAACAUAGUUGUUACUUUCUAAUUUUAGGUGUAUUUUAAGGUAUCUCUACCUGGUAAGGAGUUUUUUUGUGGACUUAGAAAAACAAAAGAAUUACAAUGAUUACUAAACAACCACAAAAUUAAAAUUACAUCUGCAAAUACAGGUGCUAGAGUAAAGAAAUUUGCUUUGACGGGCGUAUAUUGUGACAUUCUGGCACUCUUGUUUAUUCUUAUGAAAAGCGUUGAAAACCUGGUUUUGUGGCAUUGCCACGUUUCUUGUUCAUACAUGUAUUGUUAAAAUUGUCUACUGUUGAGUUACCUCCCUUAGACCUUAAUAGGGUCAAAUCACAGUCUCACAGAAGUUCAUGUCGGAAUAAUUAGCUUGCAUCUACCUUCAGAAAUGCAAUUCGAAAACAAAAUGUGUUAUUUACCUUAUCAAUAUGUAAAUGUUACGUAAAAAAUGCAGUAUAUUUAUGAAUUCAUAUUUUAUGACUUUUUCAAAAUGGGUUGAGCUUUUAAUUUUAUUAUGUGAUUCCAUUAUUCAAUUUUGCUAUAACAUUUUACAUGUCAUUAAGAAUUGAUCUUUUAAAAUGUAUAUAAAACUUAAUGGUUGUUGAUUUAGCAAUUUAAAAGAUACUGGCACAAACAUAAGUAUUGUGUUUUAAUAUUUAUUAAAGCUUUAAAGGAAAAGGCAGUGUUGUUCUUAUGCUAAUUCAGUUUACUAGGAUUUCUUAAAUCAUUUAAAGAAGUGAAAGAAUUUUCAAAAUCAGCUUAAAAGUGACACAGUUAUGAGCAUUUAAAUAUUUUAUCAAAAUGGUGGCCAUUUUGUUUCCAUGGUAACAAGAAACAAAAUGGCAGAUUUAUUAAAUUUUUAGAUACAUAAUUGCAAUGUAUUUACUAAAUUCUGUAAAGUAAUUUCUCAACUUUUUCCUGCCAUAAUGAAAGAAACUACCAUGUUUUACAUCUUACACUCAAGAAACAUAUCAAAUAAAUCUAUUUAAAAGGUUAUAGAAUUAAGCAGUGUGUAAAUGACGUCAUAAACACACUAAAAUGACUGCCUCCAUGAUCAGACAGCCAUUUUCUUAAAUUUCAAACUUCCAUAUCUUUUUCAAUAGUGGUCCGAUUUUAAAAAUUCUUUCAGCAUUAUGAAAGGCUUGAGGAUGGCUUUCAUGUAAAAUUAACUCAUUGUCAGGCAUUUCUUGCCCUUUAAACUAUAUGUUAAAACAGAUAGUGUUCUAGAUAGAGCACAAACCAGCUUACAUAGGUAGACAAGCACUACCUUAAAUGUUGCAUAUGAACUUAAUUUGUUAGUUCCAUAAAGGGAGGUAAUAAAAAAGAAUGGAUUCAUUAAUACUUUCAGUUAUGUCUAUGACAAAUAUAAAGUAUAGCAAGAAAUUAAUAUUUUUUAUGUUCAUAUCAAAAAGUGUUAAAGCCACUUUAAACCGUAGUCAUUACGACUCUUUUAAGUUUAUGGUUAAUAAUGCAAGGGCAUUACCUUUAACUCGACAGAAGUGAAGUUUUCAUGUACUGACCAUAGUAAACUAGUCUAAGCAACUAAAGCACCUCAGAGCACUGAGGCAAACUGUGCCUGUCACCAUUAUCAAAGGUUGCUAAUUUUCAGCUGUGAUACGAGUUGAUACAACUUCUGACUUUGUUAUAAUGAUUAUGCAUUCCUCACCAAUGUGCCUAAAUUUGACAAGUUAAGCUGAAAAUCAUUAAAUGUAGCGCUUGUUCAUUUUGGUUACCCUGUAAUCUUCUGUGAUAAAAAAUUGACUAAGUCUCAACAUCUUGGUUGAAUUUUGCUUCAGUAAGACCAGAGUUAUAGCCCUUGAUUAAUCAAAAUUGUCAUAUUUUUUAAAGUGUCACAAGUGAGGAGAAUUUUUUCAUUGCUUAUUAUUCUCCUGUGAUACAUAUGUCUGCACUCCAAUUGUAUUAUUGUUUCUAUUUUCUUCCGUGUCACUUUUAACAUUUCAUUUUUGAUUUAUUUUAUGGCUGGUUGUAUGUACUCUGUAUUUAUUCACAUUUGUAUAUCUUAACUCGUGUAUUAUGUUUAAUGAAUAAACUUCUAUUUUGUA